AUGGAAAAGGCCAAGGACUUUAUCGCCAAGAACACCGUUAUGAUCUUCUCCAAGUCGUACUGCCCGUACUGCACGAAGGUCAAGCAGCUAUUCCAGGGCCUCGGCGUCAACUUCACUGCCGUGGAGCUUGACCAAAUCGCCGAUGGCAGCGAGAUUCAGGCCGCGUUGAAGCAGAUCACCGGCGGCACCACCGUCCCGCGCGUGUUCAUCGACAGUGAGCACAUUGGUGGCAACGACGACACCCAGAACCUGCACAAGAAGGGUGGCCUCGUGCCCAAGCUCACCGCUGCUGGUGUGACCGUGAAGCAGUAA